UCUCAUGGUAGAACCACAGAAAUUCUGAUAUCCGAAAAAUUCCAACCCCCAUUGCUGCUUCAGACAUUUGGAUUCGAAGUGGGCUGCAUCGCGCCAGCCCCACAUUGUGGGAUCAACAAUGCCACGCAUUCUGGACUUCGGCUACCCUCGCCAACCAUUUGCAAUUGCUGUGACUACUGCAUGCCAUUUUUCGGCAAAGGUGAAUAUUGCAGUUUAGGAGGCCCAGGGACAGGCACAACAGUGGGCCGGUGUGGCCCUGGUCUCACAUGUACAGACGACGAGGACGCCCAUAGCAAUUGUCAAAGAAUCACAUCGAAAUGCCACGAUGCUCAAGACGAAUACGAUAAAAGAUACGAACAGGGCACAGUCGGAAGCCUGGAGUUCCGACGUCAGUGCGAUGGAAGGGGCAACUUCUCAACUUUCGACUGCGUGCCUACUCAGACGUGUUUCUGCCAAUCCGAAAAUGGAGAAAGGAUCUUUGGAGAAAUGUUGGAAAUGGGUGCUGUAACAAUACGGAACAUGCAUUGCGGCUGUUCACGGUUCCACGAAAAAAUGGCCAAAAAUAUAGCCCCCGGCGUUCCCUACCCAGUUGAAGGACCACGUUGCACGUCAGAUGGAAAUUUCAACCCAGUCCAGUGCUUGAACAGAACAUGUUAUUGCGUUGACAAGAUCACUGGCGUUGCUUUGAGGAGGGAUAGCAUUAAUUUGGAUGAGAAGCCAAUUACUGAGUUAUCAUGCUAUGACGAAGAAACAGAUCUCUUUCCCUCCCAAUCACUAGGCGAAGCUCCAUACAACUACACAACACCAUGCCUGGAACAUGUUAAGGCGCAAAUUGCGCUGCUAAAACAGAGCGUCGAAGACGGGUUUGACGUGGACUUCUUCAGUUCAAUCCGUGGGUGUCUACCUGACGGUACUUUUGGUAGAAUUGAUGUAGUUAAUGGCACGAAAAUAUGCAUAGACGAACGAAGACAGCGCAUAGGAGAGUACGAGGCCUUACGACAUACUCCAGAGUAUGAAACAAUGAAUUGUAAGUGUGCACAAACCCAGCAAACAAUGGGAAAUUCCCUUGAGCGGCCUGUAUGUUGCAAAAACGGUAACUUCAGAGAAAUACAAUGCCGACGCGGUAUUUGCCGUUGUGUGGACCCAGACGGACGUCAAGUUUAUGAAGAGAACUCUGACGUUACUAAGUUAAGUUGUUUUAACCCAAACCAGAAGGACUGGAGAGAAUGUUAAGGAUUUUUUUCUUCUUCUAAUUUAGCGUCGUAUAACAUGUCCAAAGCCAGUAAAUAAAUGCAUCAAAAUGGCAACAUUGAUUUAUAUUUUUCUCCUUGGCUCCCUUUUUUAGUGAUGUGACAAUACGAAUUUACGUGAAGCAGUUAUAGUAUAUAUAGUACUACA